CAAAGUCGAAGCACAACGUUCCUGCCUUCCAAUUUGGAGUCGCCGUUUGUUUCUUUCGAGGGGGACGGUUGUGAUUAAGCUGCUGUUAUUUUGACUGCCGCGGAUGUCCGUCCGCAUAUAAUAAAUGAACAUGGCGCGCCCAUUAAUUUUUUCUUCUAUUUUCCCUGAAGGUUUUCCCCCGAACCCGCACUUUGCCCCCACCAACCAACUGGGACUUCCUCCAGCAACACCACCGGCAACAUGGCUGACCCUGUCAAUUCCUCCUCGUAUGGCCAGCCUGAGAAGCUGAUUCAUAACCUGAAGCCAUCAUCGGUCAUUGGGCUUGCAACGAGCUGCCUCAAAGGGUGGGAGACUUGGCAAUAUGUGGUGACCAUUUUUCUCGGUCUGGUGGUCUACGACCAGGUCAUGUACAUUUACCGCAAAGGAUCCAUUGCUGGCCCCAGCUUCAAGAUUCCCUUCAUGGGACCCUUCUUGCAGGCCCUCGACCCCAAAUUCGACGGUUAUCUGGCCCAGUGGGCAAGCGGGCCCCUCAGCUGUGUUUCCGUCUUCCACAAAUUCGUUGUCCUUGCUUCCGACCGCGAUCUCGCCCACAAAGUAUUCAAGUCGCCCCAGUAUACCGAGCCAUGCAUUGUCCCCAUUGCAAAGGACCUCCUGAGCCACAAGGCCUGGGUCUUCCUCACCGGCAAGGUCCAUGUCGAGUUUCGUCGGGGACUGGCGCCUUUGUUUACCAGCAAGGCCCUGUCGACUUACCUGCCAGUCCAAGAAAAGGUGCUGGGCGAGUAUUUCGAUAGGUUUGUGGCCAUCAGCGAAGCCAACAACGGCAAGCCAACGGCUUUCAUGACGUCGUUUCGCGAAAUCCAAUGCGCCCUUUCUCUGCGCACCUUCUUCGGCGACUACAUCUCCGAGGACGCUGUCAAGCGAAUCGCCGACGACUUUUACAAGGUCACUGCUGCCAUGGAGCUGGUCAAUGUUCCCUUUUCCAUGUACAUCCCAUUUACCAAGCAAUGGAUCGGCAAGAAGGUGGCCGAUGAGGUUCACGAGGAGUUUGCACGCGCUGCUGGUGCCUGCAAGAAGAACAUGGCCACCGAUGCCGCCCCGAUCUGCACCAUUGACCAUUGGGUCCUCAACAUGCUCGAAUCCAACAGAUACCGCGAAAGAAUUUCCGCCGGGGAAGAAGGAGUGGAGAAGCCGGCGAACUUGAUCCGCGAGUUCACCAACAUGGAGAUCUCGGAGACUCUGUUCACCUUCCUCUUCGCUUCACAGGAUGCCUCGAGCAGCGCCACCACUUGGAUGUUCCAGAUUCUUGCUCAACGACCGGAUGUGCUCGACAAGGUGCGGGAGGAAAACCUGGCUGCGCGCGGGGGUGACAGGACCAAGCCUUUUGACCUCGAAAUGAUCGAAUCACUCACCUACACCAACGCGGUCGUCAAGGAGCUGCUCCGCUGGAGACCGCCCGUCAUUUUUGUCCCCUACCUGGCUCUCAAGGACUUUCCGGUCACACCUGACUACACGGUCCCCAAGGGGUCCAUGAUCAUCCCCUCGUGCUACCCGGCACUCCACGACCCAGCGGUGUACCCCAACCCCGAGUAUUUUGACCCUGACAGGUGGAUCACGGGCGAUGCCGAGACGAAGACCAAGAACUGGUUGGUGUUUGGGGCUGGCCCUCACGACUGUCUUGCGAGGAGAUAUGUGCCCAUGUCUUUUGCGGGCAUGAUUGGCAAGGCGUCGUUGGAGCUAGACUGGACGCACCAUGCGACGCCUAGGUCCGAGGAGAUCAAGGUGUUUGCCACCCUGUUCCCCAUGGAUGGUGCUCAACUUGUGUUCAAGAAGCGGAAAUGGGAUUAGGAUGCAAGGGUUAAAGAACUUGGACAGGUGCACAGAGAAGAAUAAUAAUGUAAUACGGGGAGGAAUAUGACGCUCCCAGAUCAUGACAGGGUAGAAUGGAGGGUAUUUGCUAUCAGGGACGCAGUAUAUAAUCCGGGUCUCGAACCCGCACUUCCAAUAGAACAGCAUACAGCACGCGGGUCACUUCAACUUUGCAGUCUUGCAGUCGCUAGAGAAUGGAAAAUAUCGAACGC